AUGGUGGUGAUUGUCAUCCUCGUGUUUACAAAGAAAUGCAAACUGAAGAAAUCACCACUGCUUCCUACUGCUAUUUCACCUAUGACUGAAUAUAGAAGAGUUUCUUACGUAGAACUAGAGCGUGGAACAAGUGGUAUUAGCGAGAGCAACCUUCUUGGAAAAGGAAGUUUUGGUUCAGUAUUUGAAGCAACUCUUUCUGAUGGAGAUCUUGCCUACUUGUCAUUAUCUGGAAACUUAUUUAGUGGCUUCAUACCUGACUUUGGGAAUUUGAAACUCCUCCAAGGACUUGGCCUUGCGAAAAAUAACUUGAGUGGAGCUGAAUUUCCAACUCAUGAAUUGACAUUUUUGUCGUCACUAACUAAUUGUCCAAAUUUGAAGAUCUUGGAAGUAUCAGGAAAUCCACUGAAUGGUUUCCUACCCACUUCAAUAGGAAACUUUUCCUCAUCUCUUGAGAGUUUUGUAGCAGUAUACAACAACAUCAUUGGUGUUAUUCCGCCAGAAAUAGGAAACUUAAGCACUUUGCUAUUACUAUAUUUGGGUAGUAAUGAGCUAAGAGGACUCAUUCCACCAACAAUUGGUAAAAUGAAGCAACUCCAAAGAAUUGAUCUAAGUGGCAAUCAAUUGGAAGGGUCUAUCCCAAACGAUCCUUGCCAAAUAAAUCAUUUAGGUGAGUUGAGCCUUCCUGGUAACAUGUUUGUGGGUACAAUACCUGAAUGUUUGGGUGAAGUUAAAUCCUUAAGAGUCAUCAACUUAGAUUCCAACCAAUUGAAUGCAACCAUCCCCACCAAAUUAUGGACUCUCACAGACCUUGUGACUUUGAGUUUGUCCUCCAAUCACUUGAGUGGUCAAUUGUCAUUUCAGAUUGGAAAUUUGAAGUUAAUCAACUCUUUGGAUUUGUCAUCUAAUCAAUUUUAUGGUGAUAUUCCCAGCUUAAUUGAUCGUUGCGAAACAUUAGCUUUUCUCAACUUAUCCAAUAAUUUUCUUAGCGGAUCCAUUCCUCAAUCCUUGGGAAAGGUUAAAGGUCUGAUAGCAUUGGAUUUGUCUCACAAUAAUCUUUCAGGGUCAAUACCCAAGUUCUUAGAAGACCUUCACUAUCUUGUAAGUUUUAAUGUUUCCAAUAACAAAUUGGAAGGGAAAAUUCCAGAUGAGGGCCGUUUCCCUAACUUCACUGCUCAGUCUUUUUCCCACUACUUAGCUCUUUGUGGUGCUAUAAGAUUUCAUGUCCCGCCCUGCCCAAAAUAUCGUCAUAGAUCAUGGUUAAAGAAACUCUUGGUGCCAUCUGUGAUUUUAGUUGUGAUUGCUGUGCUUGUUCUUAUAAGAAUGCGUAGAAAGAAAAAAGUAGCACUCUCCACUGAUAUCUCACCACCAACUACUGAGUACAAAAGAAUUUCUUACAGAGAACUUGAACAAGGGACUUGUUCAUUUAGUGAAACCAACCUUCUCGGAAGAGGUAGUUUUGGUUCUGUAUUCGAAGCAACACUUUCGGAUGGGCUGAAAGUUGCAGUAAAAGUGUUCAACAUGGAACUGCAAGGAGCAAUAAGGAGCUUUGAGGUUGAAACUACUAUACUGAGUAGCAUUCGGCACAGAAACUUAGUUCGCAUUGUUGGAUGUUGUUGUGACAGUGAGUUUAAAGCAUUGAUUAUGACAUACAUGCCAAAUGGAAGCUUGGAGAAAUGGCUACACUUGGACAUGAAUCGUCUAGAUCUUAUAAAGAGAUUGAAGAUAGCAAUAGAUGUUGCAGCAGCCUUGGAAUAUCUUCACCAUGGCCAUACAUUCCCCGUUGUCCAUUGUGAUAUAAAGCCAAACAAUGUGUUGCUCGAUCAAGAUAUGACUGCUCAUGUUGCUGAUUUUGGUAUUUCCAAGCUUUUUGAUGAAGGGGAAACUGUCAUCCAAACACAAACGGUGGGAACCAUCGGUUACGCAGCACCAGGUGAUGCAUGA